GCGCUUGUGUCACAGCGUCACCGGUAAUAUUUCAUCGGGGGCUGGAGGGUAUUAUGAGCAGAAGAAAUCCCGCUGAGUUAUGAUGGUUUGUGAGCAGCUCAAAGGCGAGACAUGUGCAGCAGAUAGACUGCAUCUCGUCACUCCAAAAAGUAGCCGACGGCCGAUCAGCAGCCGAGACAGUCGGGACUGUCCAUUUAUUCUAAAGGCAGAAACCCCCAGAGCAAGAAGGAGCAACAUGUUUGAAUCCACGGGAAUCCCUCUCAUCGCGCUGGAUAUCGCGUGUCUUAUCCUGGUUGGGCUUCCAUUUUUUAUCCUUACCCCGAAACACAGCCCUUUCAAACGGGGUUUCUUCUGUAAUGAUGAGUCCAUCAGGUACCCGCUCAAAGAGGACACCAUAUCCUACCAGCUGCUGGGAGGAGUCAUGAUCCCCUUCACACUGAUUGUAAUCGUAUGUGGAGAGUGCCUUUCUGUUUACCUGUCACGCGUCAGGAACCAGUCUUUGGGGACCAAGUAUAUUUCAUGUCUUUACAAAGCUGUGGGGAGCUACGUGUUUGGAGCUGCUGCCAGCCAGUCUCUGACGGACAUAGCCAAAUACUCCAUUGGUCGUUUGAGGCCAAACUUCCUGGCUGUAUGCAACCCAGUGUGGGAUCGUAUCAACUGCAAAGCUGGUGGAUACAUCGUGAACUUCACCUGCAGCGGGGAUGAAUUUCUGGUGGAUGAAGCCAGACUGUCCUUCUACUCUGGUCAUUCAUCCUUCUCUAUGUACUGCAUGCUGUUCCUUGUUCUAUACAUUCAAGCCCGGCUGAGGUCACAAUGGGCGAGGCUUUUGCGUCCCACCAUUCAGUUUUUCCUGAUUGCUACUGCAGUGUAUGUGGGUCUAUCUCGGGUGUCCGAUUACAAACAUCACUGGAGUGAUGUGCUCGCUGGCCUUCUGCAGGGCGGUAUAGUGGCUGUUCUAACAGUUUUCUGUGUCGCAAACUUCUUUUUACAACCAGUGGAGCCAGUGGUGACACAGGAGGAAGAAGCCUCACAUGCCAGUUUACAGGACAACCCUUCCAAUGGGAACCACUAUGGCAGCACUGAGUGAACAUGAGGCCCAACAGACAAUACAGUGUGGGGACCUCUAUCCUUUAAAUCCAUGGAACUGAAGAAUUUUUUUUAAAUUGUUGUCCGUUUUUUGUGUGCAUGUCUUGAACACGUUUUGCCACCAUGCAGUAGCCAUUGCAACAGCCUGCAGGCUUUAGCUGCUACCUAGUGUAGCCAUGAAACUUUGGUCACAGGAAGAAAAUGCACUACAGAGGAUGAGACUUGCAUCGCAAAAGAAGCAUGACUUCCUGGCGAGUUUUAGUUAAAUCCAACAUAAUGCUGUUUAUUAUGCAGCCGUAAAACAAAACACAGCAUGUUGAGUUUAAGUUAUUUUUAUGUUUUAAUUUACAGUGUGAGCUUCUGGAAAUGUGGUUACUCUUGCGUAUUGGUUUAAUGCAUCAUGAAUGAAUGGAAUUCCUUUUGCCCAGAAUAUAAAGAGUGUCUGUGUGUGCACUGCAAGCAGGCGUUUAGCGGCCUGAAACCUGUGAAUAAGAAAACCAAGACUGCCCUUAAAAUAGAGUGAACUGAGAAAUCUUGUGCUCAUCUUAUGUUUAUUUUUGCCUUAGAGUUUUGCUGCUACCUGCUGUUAAGUAAUUUCCCUGAUAUAAUUUAAUCUAUGUAAAAUACAGUUUAUUGACUUUUUUUGGUUUCUUUUAUAGAUUGUAUAAAUUUCUAUGUUUCUGUCCACAUUUAAGCUUUUAAAAGUACCGUUUCCAAUACUGAGAAGAAAUGAGACAAAUAAUAAAGAAAAUGUCAUUUUGCUA